AAACCAAAAGAAAAUCACCAAAAAUAAAACAAGAUGGGAACCCCAAUAUCGCUCUACUUUUCCCUCUAUUACUCGGUAAUACUAAUGUACUAUUUCCUUACCAAUAGUGGUAACCUUGUACUCUCAGGCGUCGCCAUCGAAUCGCCACAAUACACAGUAGUCCAUUCUGAAUCAGAUUUCGAAAUAAGACUCUACGUUCAAUCCUCUUGGAUGUCUGCCCUCACCCGUGGAACAUCCUCAUUCAACGAGUCCACCAAAGACGGCUUUCACAGGUUGUAUCAAUACAUGCAUGGGGGUAACCUCAACCAUUCUAAGAUCGCGAUGACUGCCCCUGUCUUAACAAGCACCAACUCAUCAUCCCCCGAGUCUGACUAUUUUGUAAGGAUGUCUCUCCCUCCUAGUUAUGGCGGAAACCCUCCGCAGCCCAAUCCUGAACUGAAUUUGCAGCUUGACAAGUGGAGAAGCCAUUGCAUAGCGGUCAGGAAGUUUACUGGGUUUGUCAAGGAUGAUGAUGUUGGUAAAGAAAUUGAAGCACUGGUAAACAGCCUAAAUAAGCACUUGACUGGAAAGGCAGCAAUGGUGGAAGAUGGAAGUUACUACUCUAUUGCCCAAUACAACUCUUCACAUCACCUCUCUGGACGGUUAAAUGAAGUGUGGAUCAAUGUGUCUGGUUUUACUGCAGAGGGGUGUCCACGCUAUCAAGGGAAAUAUUGAUUUGCCUUUUGGACUGAGUUUUCCACCAAUUUCUUCAAUUCAGUCUAUAAAAAUGUUAUGUCCUUUUAGCAUAUGAAAAACACUUAUUUUGUUUUUUUUUAAUAAAAUUUCAUAUGUUCAAUGGACAUAGGUCAUUUUGACGAUUGACUUCCGAUCUAAUUUGGAGGAACAUUUUGCCCAUUUUCUAUGAUGUCUGCAGAAUCUAGUAAGAAAUAUUUGUGAUCCUGUGUUUCAAUAAUAUGCCCGUUCGUUAAUAAUAAAGUCAAGAAAAUGA